AUGGAGUGGCAGCGACGCGUGCUGUCAGACCAACUGGCAUCUUACGAAGAGAGUAGAGAGGAACUCGAGAAGGUGAGGGCUGAAUUAGAGCAAGAACGGCUGAAUCACGCCCGCACGCGGAGUGAGCUUAAUGAGGCACAAAGUAUGUGCCAGGCUCUCAAUCAACGACUGGAGUGGGCUCACGACACUCAAAAUGUCUCAGUGACGAGGCUAUCGACAAGAAGUUCACCUUCUAAGGGCAUGAGAGAAGAUCACUUAUCAGAGGGGCUUUCACCGACAUCCAUGCUUGUAACACCAACACCGCGUCGACAGCCACCACCUAUACCUCAACCAGUAGUGAAGGAGGAGGAAGGAACCUUCCGAACAGGUGUUUCAACCUUCUCAUUUGUUCAGGAACAGCAGGUGCCAUCGUAUCAAGACUGCUCAGAAUCUGCAGCCAAUCAUGCCACGGUCGACAAUGUGCCUGCGAACUCUACCAUCAACAUAAGUGACCCAUCCAUCAGUCCUUCCGCCACAUUUGAUUUGGAUGUCUCUGGUGUCCCUUCGCUCUUGGGUGAAGCCAAGCAAGGCGACCCUCCAAGGAAGACACAGGAAGAAGAUAAUAGGGUGUGUAGCGGGGGAGCGCAGCGGGAUAUGGAAGAGUGGACGGAAGGUGAUGGGCGGCCGUCAAGUAGCGACACACGAAGCAAUACGCACACCACUCUGGGCGUACAAACCACUGGAGCCGUAGGAAGCUCUUCUUCAACGUGUGGCAAGUCGUUUCUGAAGGCAAUCUGUGAUGCUGCAGUUAGUGUGCAUCCUUCCAAGACUCAUCCAUUUGAACAGCUUGCUGGGCAGGAGGCACUCCUAUGCAAGGAAUUGCUGCGUGCUCUCCUUGACAAGGAAAAGCAGCUCGCUGAGUUGACAUCUCAGCAAGUAGGUCAGAAGAAGGAGGAAAAGGGGAAGCUCGCCUUCAUGCCGGAAUGA